AUAUAUCUGCAGGAUCCUGACUCAGACGCUCAUUCUGGCUCUGCAUCUCAUCAAGCAGCUGCCCAGAGACCCUGUGUUCCUCUAAACCUUAUUUUCUUUCAUUAUAUACUUUUACUAAAGGCUUCAGGAUGAGAAGAGCUAUCAUCGGAGUGGUCGCAGUUAUCGGACUCUUCGCUCUGGCGGAGUCUCUGACCUGUAAUACGUGCUCAGUGGGACUGGUAGGAAUCUGUCUGAAUCCAUCAUCCAGCGUCUGCAGCUCCAACUCCUCCAGCUGCUUCACUGGAAGAGCCAAGUUCCCGGCGAUCAGCGGUUUCUCUGGCUUCAAUUCUCAGGGAUGCCUCGACUCUACUCAGUGUAACGCCACCAUUAACGGCACCAUCCUGGGCGCCACUUACACCAUCUCUCAAACCUGCUGCAACACGGACAAGUGUAACCCCGUCCUGCUCAGCGGCGCCCCCUACAUGCAGCUGUCUCUGCCCGUGGCUCUGAGCACCGCCCUGCUCGCCCUGGUCUGGAGCAAUUCCAUCUAUUAAACAAUUUAAAUUCCUUUCAAAUUUCCAAUUUCCUACAUAAUCUGCUGUUAUAUGACUAAUAUUUCAAAUAUUACAUUAAAAAAAAAACCUUAAACAAUGUAUCUACACUGUUUACUAAAAUUAAUACAACAUAAACACAACUCAAAUAAUCAAAUAACAUUAAAGCUCCACUAGGUAGGAUUGAGAUUUUGUGCUUGUGGGCUCCCCCUACAGUUGUAGAGUGUAAUAAAUGUUUCAGGCGGAUUAGUUUCUCUUUCUCGUUUUCUGGCUUUCACAGACAGACAUCGGUCUCUUAUCAGCUUCUGCCAGAGUGUCUGUAUGUUAUUUUGUAAAGAAUGAACCAGUAGUCCUUGUAGAACUGUUAGAACUAAAGGUCGGAAAGCAGGUCGCAGUUCUCGCGAGCGUUGGUCACGGCCGCCUCGGAAAACUUACAGAGUCUGGUUUGAGUUAAGAGGAGCUCCGGCACAGGAGACACGAGAGGACCACUAUUCCUCCUAUUACACCUCCAUGCAGCGCUGCAGUGAGUUUCAAGCUGUAAUUUUACUUCUUUAAAAAGAUUAAAAAUCAAGGAAAUCCUACCUAGUGCUGCUUCAAAAUAGAAGGUUCUUUAAAGAAUGACUUUUGUAAAUUGCAAAUUAUUGUGUUUUUUUGUUUUGUAAAGAAAGUAAAGAAUAUUUGCCUAAUGUAAA